AUGCUGCCGGUGGAAACGUCCGUUCGAGGUUCACGACACAGCAGCACCGAACGAACCUUUGCAGAUCCGACGAGGAGCUCCGAACGAGGGAGCGGGAGUGACAAGACCCCGACGAGGAUCGGGCUCGGCGAGUUCGAACGAGGACGAGGACGGUUCAGCAGCAGCAGUGGCGAGUAUCGCCUUGGAGUUGGAAAAGGACGCAGUGGUCGAAUGCCGAGUCCGUUCAAGCAAUGCCGAGUCCGCGCACGGUCGGUGUUGGAACAUGGUGCCCCAGAAGCCAAAUCUUGGAGAUUUGCGGAACUUUGUCCACAGAUUUCGAAGACUUCGGUUGUGAGAGAGCCGUUCACUGGUGGAAUAGCACAGCGGUAUGGUGUCGUACCAGACCAUUCGUUGGACUUACGAGCUUCGGCUCGUUCGACCUCCAAAUUCGUUCAUUUGGAAGCCAUUCUUGCUGUGGUCUUCGCCCAAAACAAGUCCACUGACGUCAAGGCUGUGGUCUUCGCCCCAAAAAAAAAACGCGCGCCGCACCGUCACCGGGCGGGCCUCGUCUUGGGGCGCGCAGCGUCCACGGUCGGCCCGGGGACCGCGGGCGGCGCCGAAGGCGCCUUCGGAUCGAUCCACAGGCAGCGGAGGAAGAAGCGGAUGCGCGCGGUACAACUGUCACCACAGUCACAGUCUGUCACAACACCGAACGAUGCUGCGAACUCGUUUGGGCCAACCGGUCUGGGAGGGAUCGAAGGAACGGACCGGAGUGGAGACACCGGUCUGAAACCGGGACCGGACGGAGGGUGGUGCGCCGUUUUCGUGAAACGAGAAUGGUGGGUGGUGGUGAUGGGUUUAGGGUGA